GCUGCACUACAGAUUGGUUCGGAUGUUCAACUAACGUCAGCGCCUCAGUUUUCAUAUUUGCGUUUGUUGUUACACAUACUGGUCAUCCAGAACUCGGUGCAUCGUCCACGGAGCCCGUUUUUAACAAUUUCAGUUUAAUAUUUCGUAGAAUGGAUAACACAUUUAUACUGAGUCUAUAUCUUGUAAUUUUGCUACAAUUCAGGCAAUUUUCUUGUUUGGAGGUAUUGCAUCAAUGGAAUUUAUUAUCAUAUGAUUUCCCUCCGAAUUUCAACCUAAAUGAUUUCAGACCCGAGAAUAAUGUAUUCACUGGUGUAGAAGUAACAGAUGAUAGAAUAUUCAUUGCAGUUCCCAGGCUCCGACCUGGAGUAGCAUCAACAAUUAACACAAUUCCAAAAUAUACUCCGAAAGGAUCCAGUCCAGUUCUCCAAGCAUAUCCUGACUGGAGUUUCCAUGGUGCUGCCAGCAACAAUUACAAUUGUUCCGGACUUAUAUCAGUUUACAGAAUGAGAGUAGAUUCCUGUAACCGACUAUGGGUGCUAGAUGCCGGAACAGUAGAUACCCUAGAAGACUUCAGAAGCGUCUGUCCACCAAAGCUUUUAAUUUUCGAUUUAAGAACGGAUCAAGUUAUAAGAACAAUUAUAUUCCCAAAAAAAGUCACUAGACUUACUUCGGUAUUAACUAAUCUGAUCAUCGAUGAAGGUAUCCGAGGCUUUUGUGAUUCAGCAUUUGUUUACAUAAGUGACAGUGUGGCACCUGGAUUAAUAGUUUAUGACAGUUCUAGCGAUAGAACUUGGAGAUUUUCAGACCCGUCAAUGUUUCCUAAUCCCGAUUAUGCGAAUAUCAAUAUUGGAGGUGAUCAAUUUGCCCUUAUGGAUGGAAUAAUAGGAUUAGCACAUUCACCUCAUAUUGCUACCUUAUUCUACCAGCCUCUUGCCACCGACAGAAUAUUUAGUAUACCAACAUCCGAACUGAUUAAAGGACCACCAGGUGAAUUUGAUCAAUUACCCAUAUCAGUAGCUGGACGAAAAUCAUCACAAGGUCUUCCACUAGCGAUAGAUCAAAGUGACAAUACAUUAUUUUUCAGCCCCAUGACCGAAACUUCUAUAGCUUCUUGGAAUACGGUGAACAACCACCAAGAAGUCCUUGUUACUGAUCCAUUGAGUCUUCAGUUUGUCGCCGAUCUACGAUGGAAACAGGACGGAUAUUUAUACAUUUUGAGUUCAAGAUUUCACAAAUUUUUUAAGAAGAAUGUUUCAGAAAUGGAAAUCAACUUGAGAUUAUUAAGAUUAUCGGUAGGAGCUGCAAAUCCCUAUUUUCACAGAAUAAACGAUAACUUGAACUUUCAAUAGAUGUUUUCAUUAAAUUAUAAAUGAAAAUUAGAGAUUUGAGUGCAGUCGAAUAAAUAGUAAUUUAUUUUGAAGAUUUGAAUAAACUCCUUGAUUAUUA